ACUGAUAAAGAUAAUUUUUAUUUACAUCGUAGUCGAGCAAAAUUAAUCUUUUAAUUAUUUUCGAGACACUCAUUUAACAUUAAUAAUAUAAUAUAGAUUUGUGAAGUUUCAAUUAGAAUGUGAAUUAAAAAGUUUAUAAGCUAUUAAUUUAUCAAUUUUAUAAUUAAUAAAAUUAAUAAAAUCUAAAUUAAAAGAUUAAUUAUCAGUUAAUAAAAAUUAAAAGCUGAUUUAAUUAAUUAAAUAUUAAUUUUUAAGUAACUUAUUUUAAAUAAAUAAAUAAAAAAUAAAACAGAAAAUGAAUUUUGAAAGAUUUUUUACGAACAUUACAAAUAGGCGAAAAUCAAGUAUUCUUCCAAUAAAAUUUUUGGAAAGUAAGAAUGCAAUAAGUCUAGCUAACGGAAUGCCAAAUGCAAAGAUGUUUCCUUUCAAAGAGAUCUCUGUAAUAUACAAAGAUGGAACAAAAGUAAAAUUAAUUGGAGAAGAAUUGUCUUGGUCACUUCAAUAUGGUCCCUCUCAAGGAUACUUACCAUUAUUAAAAAAAAUGAGAGAAUUUCAAAAACAUUGGCAUAAACCAAUGUAUAAUGAUUGGGAUGUACUUUUCACAUCUGGAUCGAUGGAAGGAUGUAGCAAAGUUUUCGAAAUGACUUUAGAAAUUGGCGAUUCUGUAAUGAUACAAACACCAACUUAUGAUGGAAUUUUGAAUGCACUUAGACCAUUAAUGCCAGAAUUAAUUGAAAUUUUACAAGAUGAAGAUGGUGUAAUUCCAGAAAACAUAAUGAAAAUUUGCAAAAAUAAACAAUAUAAUAAUAAACCAUUACCAAAAAUUCUUUAUCUAAAUCCAACAGGAGCCAAUCCAACAGGAACAAUUUUAACAGAAUACAGAAAAAGGGAAAUUUAUAAAUUAGCUGAAACUUACAACUUUUUAAUCUUGGAAGAUGAUCCUUAUUGUUUCCUUCAUUUCAUCGAUAAAAAACCUAUAACAUUUUUAGAAUUAGAUACCAAAGGACGAGUAAUACGUUUGGAUUCUUUUAGUAAAAUUCUUAGUGCUGGACUUCGAUUAGGUGUUGUUACAGCACAUAAAGAAUUUAUUAAAAAAUUAACUACACAUAUGGAAACAACAAGUAUCCAUGCUUCUUCUUUAUCGCAAAUUUUAUUAUUGAAAUUAUUGAAUUCAUGGAAUUUGCAAAAAUUGCAACAACACUUCAAUGAAAUACAGAAUUUUUAUCGUGAGAGACGAGAUAUUACACUAUCUUUGAUUGAGAAACAUCUUACAGGAUUAGUAGAAUGGAAUGUUCCAAAAGGUGGGAUGUUUAUCUGGAUAAAAGUAAAUAAAAUAAAAGAUGUAAUGGAAUUGACAAACAAAUGUAUUUCCCAAGGAGUUUUUCUUAUUCCCGGUCAUGCAUUUUAUUAUGAUUAUUCGAAACUUGAACAACAUCUCAGAAUUUGCUAUAGUUACGCGACGCCAGAAGAAAUUGAUAAGGCACUUUCAACAUUAGCUAUUUUGAUACAUAAAAAAAUAAAAAAAAUAGAAGAAAACGGAGUUAUAUAAAUAUAUAUAUUAUAUUUUUGUUGCUUUAGUUGUCUAUUUUUAUAUUUAUAAAAUUAAAAAUUAUAAAAAU